CUGUUUAUUUUCUCUCCACGUGGACGUGCUGCGCGCCACCACAGGAUUCCUCGCGGAAGUGACGGAAAGGCGGCGAUGGCGGCUCGCAGAUUCAUUCCGGAUUUCCACCGGACUACAAACAGAUUUUAACCGGACCGGUUAGACUUUGUGGAACUUUUGCGAAGCCGACUGUCUUCCGACGCCGCGCAGAGGGAAGUCCCGGUGACCCGGCGCCUGACAACGAGCGACCCCACUGCUUUUUUGGGGGGAUAUUUUAGUCCAAGGUUCAAGGUGGUCACCCUGUCGAGCUAGCGGUAGCUCGGCGGCUACGAGCUAACGUUAGUCGGUGUACACGGCUAGCUCCCGAGCUGCGUGCUAAGGUCCACACAGCGGCGGCUCGUCGUGCAGCGGCAGCUUUCCUUUUGACCGCGUCCUCGUUCGUCUGUCACAGUUGUGAUGCGGAUGCGCUCCAUUUGACGCUAAUUGUGCCACAAGUGUGCAGAGCGAGGUACUCACACGUUUGCUUGGCCUCUUGUUAGUUUGAAUCGCUAGUUUGGCGGCUGUGGCUAAAGACGGGGGUUGACUCCUCCACUAGCAAGCAAGUCGCCCCCCACACCACGACCACCACCCCUCGCAGGGACUGUUCCGACAACUGAGGGCAGAAGAAGCGGGCCAUCGACAGAGCAUUGGAAGCCGGGUUGUUUGGGGUCUUUGCGUGCUCGUCAACAUGCUGAAGACCCGGCAGUGUUUACUUGGCAUCCGCACGUUUCUCGGUGUAACGUCGCGAAUAUGGGGCUUCAUCAUGUACAUCCUCAGGAAGCACCUACGGACGAUAAUCCAGUAUCAGACGGUGCGAUACGACACGUUGCCUCUGUCCCCUAUCUCCAGAAACAGACUCAAUGCUGUAAAGAGGAAGAUUCUGGUUCUGGACCUGGACGAGACGCUGAUCCACUCUCACCAUGACGGUGUCCUCAGACCCACAGUGAGACCUGGCACGCCGCCAGACUUCAUCCUCAAAGUCGUCAUUGACAAGCAUCCAGUCAGAUUCUUUGUACAUAAAAGGCCGCAUGUUGACUUCUUUUUAGAAGUGGUGAGCCAGUGGUAUGAGCUGGUGGUUUUCACAGCCAGUAUGGAGAUCUAUGGCUCCGCAGUGGCAGAUAAGCUGGACAACAAUAGGAACAUCCUGAAACGCAGAUACUACAGACAGCAUUGUACAUUGGAUCUAGGUAGUUAUAUUAAAGACCUGUCUGUAGUACACGAUGACCUGUCCAGUAUUGUCAUCCUGGACAACUCGCCUGGUGCUUAUCGUAGCCAUCCAGACAAUGCAAUACCCAUCAAGUCCUGGUUCAGCGACCCUAGUGACACAGCACUUCUUAACUUGCUGCCUAUGCUGGAUGCACUAAGGUUCACUGCUGAUGUUCGCUCUGUCCUCAGUCGAAACCUCCACCAGCAUCGACUCUGGUGAUUGGCUGAAUCAAGAGGGGUGGGGUUUGUUGACCAGCCUCUUCCUCUCUGCCGCUUCCAUCCUACCCUCCGUUCCCACGCAGGCGACCCACCAGCCCUCUCUGAGCCUCUCAGACGUGUCCUGAGGAGAUGAGGGUUGGGGUGACCACCUAACACGGGAUGAAAAGUAUGGGAUCACCAGAGCCCAGAAACUACUGAGGAGGGUGGGAGGGGCAGCUUGUUUCUUUUUUCCUUUUUGAUUCUUUAUUUUUAUUUUUUCCCCCCAAAACAAAAACGGAGCCUCUCUGCCUUAUUGCUCCUGAUACUGACUGUUCGUAUGUAGGUGAGCUUGUCUACGAGAGUCGGAGUAUGCUUGCUGAGUACGUUAGUCCUUUUAAAACUUUUUUGAGAAUCAGGAGGGGGGAGGGUGGGGGGGAAAGGGGAGGAUCAGCAAAGCAACGAAGACAAUUCUACAUUAUUAUUUUUCCUUUUUCUCCAUCAUCAGACGUUGCACUUAAGCAGACAAUUUAUCAAUUUACUGUCUUAACCUCAGUGCAACUGAGCAGGGGAAAACAGAAAACCGCCCCUUUUUUUUUAGAUCAACCUCACCCUCAACGAUAAAUAAUUGAUUCCUGAGGUACGUUUUUUUUUUUCCCCUAAACAAGAAUGGAUCAACUUACAUGUGUAAUCGAUGGACUUUUGCUUGCAACAUACCAUCCACAGGCAUUUUUCUGGACAAAUAGCCGAGCAGCCUGAGAUUCUUUUUGUUUUGUUUUUUCAGCCAUAACAUCAGUGUUUCCACAAAGCUCCACGUGGAACUCUGUGAAAAAGACUUGACUGAAAAGUUGUGAGAGGAAAAAAAGACUGGCUUGUAACGAUAUGUGGACUGCCGUGCCGCCUUUCCAUAUCUGAUUGUGUCUCUAUUAUGAUAUGUGAUAAUAUGACUUCUGCAAACCACGACAUUUCAUUCUCCCCCUUUUGCAAUCGGAUGCCAUCCUGAUUUCAUUGAAUAGGAAUUGCACUUAAUUUUUUUUUUUCCCCUUCUAUUUUUGUUGCAGUUGGUUUUGUAUUUGUUUCAAAUUUGCAGCCUUCCUAUUUCAGUUCCCACCCACUCGGCUUACUGUAUGGAUUCAACUAUUAGACCUUCUGUCUUUAAAAUGCCUUCUGAACAAUGUCUUGUUGUCAAGGCUCACACCGGCUUCUUAUUGGCUCUGUCUCCAGGUCUGUGUUACUAAUAAAACACUUGUCAGUAUCGGCCCGUUA